AUGUCUUUAUUGAUUGCUAUUUCUCAUAUUCAAUUCCUGACGAAUCAAUUCUCAACCGUGUUCAGGCUCUUCAUUAUCUAUCUAUCUAUCUAUCUAUCUAUCUAUCUAUCUAUCUAUCUAUUCAAUAUGCCUCACCUCCUUUUCUAUCUCUCUCUCUCUCUCUUUCUCUCUCUCUCUCUCUCUCUCUCUCUCAAACACACACACUCUAUCUAUUGUUCUAUAUCUCCUAUAUAUUUCUAUCAUUUUCUUCAAUUUAUUUUAUAUAUGCGCACCUCUCUUUAUUUUUCUAUUACACCUUCUCUCCAUGUCUUCUUUUUCUCGAUGUACUCUUUCUGUAUCGCGUUUAUCCGCGUCUCUCUUUAUCUAUGUCCUCUUUCUCUAUCACCCCUUCUCUCCGUGUCUCUCUUUAUCUAUGUCCUCUUUCUCUAUCGCUCCUUCUCUCCGUGUCUCUCUUUAUCUAUGUCCUCUUUCUCUAUCGCCCCUUCUCUCCGUGUCUCUCUUUAUCUAUGUCCUCUUUCUCUAUCGCUCCUUCUCUCCGUGUCGCUCUUUAUCUAUGUCCUCUUUCUCUAUCGCUCCUUCUCUCCGUGUCUCUCUUUAUCUAUGUCCUCUUUCUCUAUCGCUCCUUCUCUCCGUGUCUCUCUUUUAUCUAUGUCCUCUUCUCUAUCACCCCUUCUCUCCGUGUCUCUCUUUAUCUAUGUCCUCUUUCUCUAUCGCUCCUUCUCUCCGUGUCUCUCUUUAUCUAUGUCCUCUUUCUCUAUCGCCCCUUCUCUCCGUGUCUCUCUUUAUCUAUGUCCUCUUUCUCUAUCACCCCUUCUCUCCGUGUCUCUCUUUAUCUAUGUCCUCUUUCUCUAUCGCUCCUUCUCUCCGUGUCUCUCGUUAUCUAUGUCAUCUUUCUCUAUCGCCACUUCUCUCCGUGUCUCUCUUUAUCUAUGUCCUCUUUGUCUAUCACCCCUUCUCUCCGUGUCUCUCUUUAUCUAUGUCCUCUUUGUCUAUUGCUCCUUCUCUCCGUGUCUCUCUUUAUCUAUGUCCUCUUUCUCUAUCGCCCCUUCUCUCCGUAUCUCUAUCUAUGUCCUCUUUCUCUAUCGCUCCUUCUCUCCGUGUCUCUCUUUAUCUAUGUCCUCUUUCUCUAUCGCUCCUUCUCUCCGUGUCUCUCUUUAUCUAUGUCCUCUUUCUCUAUCGCUCCUUCUCUCCGUGUCUCUCUUUAUCUAUGUUCUCUUUCUCUAUCGCCCCUUCUCUCCGUGUCUCUCUUUAUCUAUGUCCUCUUUCUCUAUCGCUCCUUCUCUCCGUGUCUCUCUUUAUCUAUGUCCUCUUUCUCUAUCGCCCCUUCUCUCCGUAUCUCUCUUUAUCUAUGUCCUCUUUCUCUAUCGCCCCUUCUCUCCGUAUCUCUCUUUAUCUAUGUCCUCUUUCUCUAUCGCUCCUUCUCUCCGUGUUUCUCUUUAUCUACGUCCUCUUUCUCUAUUCCUCCUUCUCUCCGUGUCUCUCUUUAUCUAUGUCCUCUUUCUCUAUCGCCUCUUCUCUCCGUAUCUCUCUUUAUCUAUGUCCUCUUUCUCUAUCCCUCCUUCUCUCCGUGUCUCUCUUUAUCUACGUCCUCUUUCUCUAUCGCCCCUUCUCUACGUGUCUCUCUUUAUCUAUGUCCUCUUUCUCGAUCGCCCCUUCUCUCCGUAUCUCUGUCUAUGUCCUCUUUCUCUAUCACCACUUCUCUCCGUGUCUCUCUUUAUCUAUGUACUCUUUCUCUAUCGCUCCUUCUCUCCGUGUCGCUCUUUAUCUAUGUCCUCUUUCUCUAUCGCCCCUUCUCUCCGUGUGUCUCUAUUUUAUCUAUAUCCUCUUUCUCUAUCGCCCCUUCUCUCCGUGUCUCUCUUUAUCUAUGUCCCUUUCUCUAUCACCCCUUCUCUCCGUGUCUCUCUUUAUCUAUAUCCUCUUUUCUAUCGCCCCUUCUCUCCGUGUCUCUUUUCUAUGUCUUCUUUCUCUAUCGCCACUUCUCUCCGUAUCUCUAUCUACGUCCUCUUUCUCUAUCUCUCCUUCUCUCCGUGUCUCUCUUUGUCUAUGUCUUCUUUAUUUAUCGCUCCUUCUCUCCGUGUCUUUAUCUAUGUCCUCUUUCUCUAUCUCCCUUUCUCGUGUCUCUCUUCUUUAUCUAUGUCUUCUUUCUUUAUCGCCCUUCUCUCCGUGUCUCUCUUUAUCUAUGUCCUCUUUCUCUAUCGCCCUUCUCUCCGUGUCUCUCUAUCUAUGUCCUCUUUCUCUAUCGCCUCUUCUCUCCGUAUCUCUCUUUAUCUAUGUCCUCUUUCUCUAUCCCUCCUUCUCUCCGUGUCGCUCUUUAUCUAUAUCCUCUUUCUCUAUCGCCCCUUCUCUCCGUGUCGCACUUUAUCUAUGUCUUCUUUCUCUAUCACUCCUUCUCUCCGUGACUCUCUUUAUCUACGUCCUCUUUCUCUAUCACCCCUUCUCUCCGUAUCUCUGUCUAUGUCCUCUUUCUCUAUCGCCACUUCUCUCCGUAUCUCUAUCUAUAUCCUCUUUCUCUAUCUCUCCUUCUCUCCGUGUCUCUCUUUAUCUAUGUCUUCUUUCUUUAUCGCUCCUUCUCUCCGUGUCUCUCUUUAUCUAUGUCCUCUUUCUCUAUCGCUCCUUCUCUCCGUGUCUCUCUUUAUCUAUGUCCUCUUUCUCUAUCGCCCCUUCUCUCCGUGUCUCUCUUUAUCUAUGUCCUCUUUCUCUAUCUUCCUUUCUCUCCGUGUCUCUCUUUUUAUCUAUGUCCUCUUUCUCUAUCGCCCUUCUCUCCGUGUCUCUCUUUAUCUAUGUCCUCUUUCUCUAUCUUCCUUCUUUCCGUGUCUCUCUUUAUCUAUGUCCCUUUCUCUAUCGCCCCUUCUCUCCGUGUCUCUCUUGUCUAUGUCCUCUUUUCUCUAUCGCCCUUCUCUCCGUGUCUCUGUCUAUGUCCUCUUUCUCUAUCGCUCCUCUUCUCCGUGUCUCUCUUUUAUCUAUGUCUCUUUCUCUAUCUUCUUAUUCUCUCUCCGUGUCUCUUUAUCUAUGUCUUCUUAUUCUCUUCUCCCUUCUCUCCGUGUCUCUCUUUAUCUCGUGUCUCUUUUUCUCUAUCGCCCUUCUCUCCGUGUAUCUCUUUAUCUAUGUCCUCUUUUCUAUCGCUCCUUCUCUCCGUGUCUCUCUUUAUCUAUGUCCUCUUUCUCUAUCGCUCCUUCUCUCCGUGUCUCUUUUUAUCUAUGUCCUCUUUCUCUAUCGCCCUUUCUCUCCGUGUCUCUCUUUAUCUAUAUCCUCUUUUCUAUCGCCCUUCUCUCCGUGUCUCUCUUUAUCUAUGUCCUUUCUCUAUCUUAUUCUUUCCGUGUCUCUUUAUCUAUGUCUUCUUUUCUCUAUCGCCCCUUCUCUCCGUAUCUCUGUCUAUGUCCUUUUUCUCUAUCGCUCCUUCUCAUCCGUGUCUCUUUUCUGUGUCUUUCUCUAUCUCUUCCUUCUCUUCCGUGUGUCUCUCUUUAUCUAUGUCCUUUUUGUCUCUUCUUCCUUCUCUCCUUGUGUCUCUUUAUCUGUGUCCUCUUUCUCCAUCGCUUCCUUCUCUCCUUGUCUCUUUAUCUAUGUCCUCUUUCUCUAUCGCCCUUCUCUCCGUAUCUCUCUUUAUCUAUAUCCUCUUUCUCUAUCGCUCCUUCUCUCCUUGUCUCUCUUUAUCUAUAUCCUCUUUUCUCUAUCGCGCCUUCUCUCCGUGUCUCUCUUUUAUCUAUGUCCUCUUUUCAUGUCACCCCUUCUCUUCCGUGUCUCUCUUUAUCUAUAUCCGCUUUCUCUUCUAUGUCCUUCUCUACGUGUCUUCUUUAUCUAUCUCCUCUUUCUCUAUCUUCCUUCUUUCCGUGUCUCUUUAUCUAUGUCCUCUUUCUCUAUCACCCCUUCUCUCCGUAUCUCUGUCUAUGUCCUCUUUUCUCUAUCGCCCUUCUCUCCGUGUCUCUCUUUAUCUAUGUCCCUUUCUCUAUCGCCCCUCUUCUCCUUGUCUCUCUUUAUCUAUAUCUCUUUCUCUAUCGCCCUUCUCUCCGUGUCUCUUUUAUCUAUGUCCUCUUUUCUCUAUCCUCCUUCUCUCCGUGUCUCUCUUUAUCUAUGUCCUCUUUCUCUAUCUUCCUUCUCUCCGUGUCUUUCUUUAUCUAUGUCUUCUUUAUCAUGUCCCUUCUCUCCGUAUCUCUCUUUAUCUAUGUCCUCUUUCUCUAUCGCCCUUCUUCACCGUGUCUUUCUUUAUCUAUGUCCUCUUUCUCUAUCGCUCCUUUUCUCCGUGUCUCUCUUUAUCUAUGUUUUCAUUCUCUAUCGCCCUUCUCUCCGUGUCGCUCUUUAUCUAUGUCCUCUUUUUCUAUCACUCAUUCUCUCCGUGUCUCUCUUUAUCUAUGUGUCUUUCUCUAUCGCUCCUUCUCUCCGUGUGUCUCUUUUUCUAUGUCCUCUUUUCUUUAUGUCCUUUCUCCGUGUCACUAUUUAUCUACGUCCUCUUUCUCUAUCGCCCCUUCUCUCCGUGUCUUUCUUUAUCUAUGUCCUCUUUCUCUAACGUGUCUUUUCUCCGUGUCUCUCUUUAUCUAUGUCCUCUUUCUCUAUCGCCCCUUCUCUCCGUGUCGCUCUUUAUCUAUGUCUUCUUUCUCUAUCGCCCUUCUCUCCGUGUCUCUCUUUAUCUAUGUCUCUUUCUCUUUCCCUUCUCUCCGUAUCUCUCUUUUCUAUGUCCUCUUUCUUUAUCACCCCUUCUCUCCGUGUCUUCUUUAUCUAUGUCUCUUUUUCUCAUCACCCUUCUCUCCUUGUUCUCUUUUAUCUCUCUUUAUCUAUGUCCUCUUUUCAUCCCUUCUUUCCGUGUCUCUUUUUAUCUAUGUCCUUUUUCUAUCGCUCCUUUUUUCCGUGUCUCUCUUUAUCUAUGUCCUCUUUCUCUAUUUUCCUUCUCUCCGUGAUUCUCUUUAUCUAUGUCCUCUUUCUCUAUCGCCCUUCUCUCCGUGUCACUUUUUUAUCUCUUCUCAUUCUCUUCUUUUCUCCGUGUCUCUCUUUAUCUAUGUCCUCUUUCUCUAUCGCCCCUUCUCUCUAUUGUCUUAUUCUUUAUCUAUGUCUCUUUCUAUCGCACCUUCUUAUUCUCUUCCGUGUCUCUUUAUCUAUGUCCUCUUUCUCUAUCGCUCUUUCUCUCCGUGUCUCUCAUUUUUAUCUAUGUCCUCUUUCUCUAUCGCUCCUUCUCUCCGUGUCUCUCUUUAUCUAUGUCCUCUUAUUCUAUCGCCCUUCUCUCCGUGUCUUUCUUUUUCUAUGUCCUCUUUUCUAUCGUCUUCCUUCUCUUCCGUGUCUCUUUAUCUAUGUCCUCUUUCUCUAUCGCUCCUUCUCUCCGUGUAUUCUUCUUUAUCUAUGUCCUCUUUCUCUAUCGCCCCUUCUCUACGUGUCUCUCUUUAUCUAUGUCCUCUUACUCUAUCGUUGUUUCUCUCCGUGUCACUCUUUAUCUACGUCCUCUUUCUCUAUCGCCCCUUCUCUCCGUAUCUCUGUCUAUGUCCUCUUUCUCUAUCGCUCCUUCUCUCCGUAUCUCUAUCUAUGUCCUCUUUCUCUAUCGCCCCUUCUCUCCGUGUCUCUCUUUAUCUAUGUCCUCUUUCUCUUCGCCCUUCUCUCCCGUCAUCUUUAUCUAUGUCCUCUUUCUAUCGCCCCUUCUCUCCGUGUCUCUUUAUCUAUGUCCUCUUUCUCUAUCUUCCCUUCUCUCCGUGUCUCUCUUUAUCUACGUCCUCUUUUCUAUCGCCCUUCUCUCCGUGUAUUCUUUAUCUAUGUCCUCUUUCUCUAUCGCCCUUCUCUCCGUGUCUCUUUAUCUAUGUCCUCUUUCUCUAUCGCCCUUCUCUCCGUGUCUCUCUUUAUCUAUGUCCUCUUUCUCUAUCGCCCUUCUCUCCGUGUAUCUCUCUAUGUCUUUUCUAUCGCCCCUUCUCCGUAUCUCUUUUCUAUGUCUUCUUUCUCUAUCGCUCCUUCUCUCCCGUGUCUCUCUUUAUCUAUGUCCUUUUCUCUAUCGCCCUUCUCUCCGUGUCUCUCUUUAUCUAUGUCCUCUUUCUCUAUCGCUCCUUUCUCUCCGUGUCUCUCUUUAUCUAUGUCCUCUUUCCUCUAUCUUUCUCCUUUCUCUCCGUGUCACUCUUUAUCUAUGUCCUCUUUCUCUAUCGCCCUCUCUCCGUGUCUCUCUUUUCUAUGUCCUCUUUUUCUAUCGCUCCUUCUCUCCUGUAUCUUUAUCUAUGUCCUCUUUCUCUAUCGCCCUUCUCUUAUGUGUCGCUUUUUUAUCUAUGUCCCUUUCUCUAUCCGUGUCUCUCUCCGUAUUUAUCUAUGUCCCUCUUUCUAUCCAAUUUCUCUCCGUGUCUCUCUUUUCUAUGUCCUUUUCUAUCGCCCCUUCUCUCCGUGUCUCUUUAUCUAUGUCCUCUUUCUCUAUUUUCUCUCCGUGUCUCUCUUUAUAUGUCCUCUUUCUGGGCAAUUCCUUCUCUCUGCGUGUCUCUUUAUCUAUGUCCUCUUCUUCUCUUUUCCUUCCAUUUUUUUCUUUUCUCUCUAUCUAUGUCCCUCUUCUAUUCGCCCUCUCUCCUUCUUUCUUAUCGCCCUAAGAAAUCCGUGUCUCUCUUUAUCUAUUCCUCUUUACUCUCUCUCUCUAUUUCUUUCUUUCUUUCUUUCUUUCUUUCUUUCUUUCUUUCUCAUCUAUCUAUCUAUCUAUCUAUCUAUCUAUCUAUGUCACUUUCAUAA